UCUCCUACACUAUACAUCAUCUGCAUAAGCCUUUACCUUGCCUAAUAUAAGCUAAGAUAGGAUUUUAAAAAGAACAGAUGCAUAAAUUAAAAAUGAUGAUGUAAUGCAUGACGGAGAGUGCAGGGUACCAGUUACUGACACAUUAAUCAUGAAUAAUAAGUUAAUUAAAAUAAGUAAAUAAUAAUAACUUCACAGAAAAGUGCAUUACUGUUGCUUUGUGUCACAACAAAGCCGGGGUUGUGGUAAAAUGUAAAAUACCCAUUCGUUGCUUUGAGCUUACCUUGGUUUUAGUUCAUUUAGUUUAACAAAUAAUACUUCAGGGAGGAAGGUUAUCAUUCAUUGUCUAUUACACUUUCAGUGAGUCGUUGCUCCCAACAGCAACAUGCCAUUCUCAUUCAUCAAUCUCUCCACUCUGCUCCUGGCAUCGCCCCUCUGACUGACUCAUUAGAUACUACCUGCCGUCUAGAGGCUCGACAACUAAUCAAAAAUCACAAAUGACAAACUGUCACAAUGACACUGUGUCUGUACAAAAGGGACAUAGGCCAUUAUCGAUUACUCUGAGCGCGUGACGGUGAUCGGGGGCGGAUACGCGCGACGGAUACGCGCGGCGCAUCGGGAGCGAGCGCAUGUGAGCCUGAAGACGGCAGAAAGUGCAGAGUGGAGAGAGAGAACGGAGGCUGCCAGUCAGAGACUAAUUGAUUUCACCGUUAUUGUGUGCGUGCGUCCGUGAGACCUAACCAUUCACACAAAGCUGUGCCCAUGUUCUGUACUGUUGCCUGAACCUAUUAAACAGUCAAACCAAAGAAGAGUUGUCAGCAUCUGUGUUUUGACAGACACACCUGGGGCGAAGAUAGAAAUCAGGAUAAACAAACAACAAUUAAUACAGUCCUUUAUUACAACCCUCAGUAACAUUGAGGUCCUUCGAGCCGGAUUCUGACCUUUACUCCAGGAUAAGGAUGCAACAGUACAGCAGUGGAGCCCGUCCUAAGAGGGUUAGACAUCCACCACGUCAUCUAGAGGAUUACGAACUGGACUAUCCAAGGGGUAAACCACAAAAUACACCUUACUCAAGCACAGUACCAUACGAACAUGGGCAUGAAGAGGAUGAGUAUCAUCACCAAGAGGGAGCAGCCAAGAUGACCUCCCUCACUUCUUCUAGCCACUCACCUUAUCGUCUCCAAGGCAAGAGAGACCAAGAAAAGCAGUAUAGCUCCUUUGGCUUCUAUCAGGAGCUGGAGGUGAUAAGGGAGGAGAACACACGGCUUCGUGAAGCUCAGUUAGCCAUUCAUAGGGAUUUUGGGCAGCUUCACUCACUCAGAAAGGACAUGAGGUCGCUCGCUGACUCAGUACGCAGCCUCCAGGAAGCACAGGCAGCUACAGUAAGCCAUGCCCCCAUAAGGUCCCUCGAUCUACAGCCAGGUUCAGGCGAGUGGCCUGACGACGUACCCCCACCUGCUCAAGCUCUGCCCUCAGCAGGGGAACAAUGUGAAGAAGAGGAAUGGCCAGAACCCCCACCACCAUGGCCAGAGCCCGAAGAGCAGCCACAGAGGAAUAAGGUGGCAGACCUCCUGGACCAGGUGAUGCACGAGCUCCAGGAAAUCAGGUUCAACACCCCCUCCGUUGCUAAGACCCACGACAGACCAGCAGCAGUGAGUGCUCCCCCUCCAGACAAGGGACGUCUAUACCAGGUGGGUCUGUUCCCUAAACAGCUGGAUUAUGGAGAUCCUCAGCAGCAUCCUCCACAGUCCAGCUCCACACCAAUCCAGCGCCAGCCAGGCCUGCAGGCUGAUACACCAGCAGCACAAUGGGCCCCUCCUCAACCAGCGCUUCCACCACAAGGUGCACCUGCACCUAAGCGAAGGCCGGCAGAGCCUUCCUACGGACAGUCCUACAGUGAACCCCCUCGAGCAGAGUCAUCUUACAGGGGACCCCGGCCAACUGUACCGGACUUCAGCCAGCGAGACCCAAGUCAGUUCGCUCGAUUGAAGAUUGCUCUAGAGAACCUGUUACCAGCUGACGCAACAGAGCUCUUCAAAUAUCAGAUCUUAACAGACCACCUAAAGCUGGAAGAAGCGUGCCUAGUGGCGGAUUCAUACCUCCAUUCACCCACUCCGUAUUCAGACACCAUGGCUGCUCUGAAUGAGAAGUUUGGGCAGCCGUACCAGGUCGCAUUAAAGAGGAUAGACAGUGUUAUGACCUCACCUGAUAUCUGUCGCGGUGACACCGCCGCCUUUGAGAGGUUCGCCUUACGGGUUCAGUCGCUGGUGGGAAUGCUGAAGACUCUGGGUCCAGCAGGUGAGAUUGAGCUGCAAUGUGGAUCGCAUGUAGCACGUCUGCUCAGUAAGCUGCCGCUGGAAAUGAGGUCAGACUUUCGGCGCUGUAUGUUUCGCAGUCCAGGAACCACGUACACACUCCAGGACUUCACAGAUUGGCUCCAGUAUGAGACAUGGUGUCAAGACUUUGAUGGCAAUUCAUCUAACAAAGGACAGAAAGGAAACCAGGGACGGAGGUCAGAGGGUCGUUAUGUACAUCGUACGACGUCUGUCUUCCAUGGGGCUAAGGAUGCAGAGGGAAGGGGAAUCAACUCCUCCGCCCCUGCAGAUAAGAGGAGGCCUAAAGCAAAGGCAUACUGUCCUUACUGUGACAAUGAAGCACAUUACCUCAAUCAUUGCUCAGCCAUCCAGAAGCUCACCAAAGCCCAGAUCACUGAGUGAAUACGGUCCAACAACAAAUGCUGGCGCUGCGGAAGGUCCCAUCAGGCUGCACAGUGUACCCUUAAGAAGCUCUGUGGCCUCUGCCAGGGCAAGCACUUGCAAGUACUCCAUGAAGUUAACAGCAGAGCACCUAAGGAGGAGUCAAUAGAGACAAGUUGCCUUGUAAACACAUCCACCGAGGUACUCUACCUAGAUCGACCAACGGACUGCAACCGUGUGCUGCUAAAGGUGAUUAAGGUGAUUCUGUGUAACGGUAAGCGCACCCUGGAUACUUAUGCCAUACUGGAUGAUGGGUCUGAGCGCACAAUGCUCCUUUCCGCCGCUGCAGAGAAGCUGGGUCUAGAGGGGACACCAGAAGAUCUCGCUCUUCGAACCAUCCGUCAGGACGUCCAGAUCCUCCGGGGGGCGGCUGUAUCAUUCAGUUUAUCUCCCGCCUUACAGCCUAAGAAGAGAUUCUGCAUCAACAGAGCCUUUACAGCUACUCGCUUGGGUUUGUCCGACCAUUCCUAUCUAGUGGCUAGUCUUCAGAAAAGGUACAGGCACCUAGCAGGUCUCCCCCUCCAGCAGUUUGAGAACGCCAGACCACUCAUCCUUAUUGGUGCGGAUCACCCACAUCUCAUUACCCCCAUUGAGCCAGUGAAGUUGGGUCCCCCGGGUGGACCAGUCGCCAUUCGGACUAAACUGGGUUGGACGCUACAGGGCCCGGCACGGUUAGUGGAGCAACAACUACGGCCGCAGCAGUGUCUCCUGACGUCCACAGUCCCUGCCAACACGGAGCUCCUCAGAAACGUCGAGAAGCUGUGGCAGCUUGAUACACUGCCAUAUAGGAAGGAGAAAGUAGUGACCUGGUCUAGACAGGACCAAGAGGCGGUAAAUCUACUUGAAACGAAGACCACACGUGUGGAUGUGAACGGAGUAAUGCGCUAUGCCACACCAAUUCUCCGUAAGAGGAACACGCCACACUUCCAUGCCACCAAGGAGGCAGUCAUGCCAAGCCUUCGGAGCACAGAGAGGAGGUUGGCCAAGGAUCCAGACAGGACCACAGCUUACAAAGCUGAGAUACAGAAGCUGGUCGAUGCAGGCUCAGUCCUCAAACUGGAGCCUGACGCACUCAGCCAAGAAGGGGAAUCGUGGUACAUCCCGCACCACAUGGUGACCCACAAUGGGAAAAAUCGCAUUGUGUUUAACUGCUCAUAUCAGUUUAAAGGCCUGAACCUCAACGAGUCUCUCCUGCCUGGACCGACGCUAGGUGCAUCACUCCUGGGGGUGCUGCUUCGUUUCAGAGAACAUCCUGUGGCCAUCAGCAGUGACAUUAAAGGGAUGUUCCACCAGGUCCGCCUCUUACCAGAAGAUAAGCCUCUACUGCGCUUUUUGUGGCGUGAAAUGAGAAGAGACGACCCUCCAGAUGUCUUUGAGUGGCAGGUAUUACCAUUCGGUACCACUUGUAGUCCCUGCUGCGCGAUCUAUGCUGUGCAGAAGCAUGUUUGGGACCACAGUGAGCCUGGAGACAGCGUUCGGUCCUCAGUGGAACGAUGUUUUUACGUGGACAACUGCCUCCAGAGUCUACCGACAGUAGUGGAGGCCAGGGAACUCGUGGACAGGCUGAGGACCCUUCUAGCCACCGGUGGUUUUGAGCUACGCCAGUGGGCCAGCAACA